AUGGCUGGCUUAGGUAUAGUGGAAACGUCUGCCAUACGUUUGCUAAAACAACCCUUCACACAGCAAAUUAAGCAGAUUCAUGUAUCAACUGCUCUAGCAGCUAGUGACGGGGCUGUAGACAAAACGCCAAGAAUCAAAACCGUUCAAGUAUAUAGAUGGAAUCCAGAAACUCCCGAAGUGAAGCCGAAAAUGCAAGAUUACAAGGUUGAUCUGAGUUCCUGUGGACCUAUGGUUUUGGAUGUACUGAUCAAAAUCAAGAACUCUGAAGAUUCAACAUUGACAUUUAGACGUUCUUGCCGUGAAGGUAUCUGUGGUUCUUGCGCUAUGAACAUUGGGGGAGUCAAUACACUAGCCUGUAUUAGUGGUGUCAAUACCGAUUUGUCAAAGCCCUUGAAAAUAUAUCCAUUACCACAUAUGUAUGUUGUCAAGGACUUAGUGCCGGACAUGAAAUUGUUUUACAAACAGUAUGCUUCCAUUGAACCAUGGUUACAUACUGAUGUAGUACCUGCCAACAAUAAAGAACAUUUGCAACAUACAUAUGAUAGAGAGAAACUUGACGGUUUGUAUGAAUGUAUUUUGUGCGCAUGUUGUUCCACAUCAUGCCCUUCAUACUGGUGGAACUCGGAGAAAUAUCUUGGACCGGCAGUUCUUAUGCAGGCGUAUCGUUGGAUUAUUGACUCCAGAGAUAAAGCUACAGCUGAGCGUUUAGAUAAAAUGAAAGAUCCUUUUUCAGUUUUUCGUUGUCACACCAUUAUGAAUUGUACCAAAACAUGCCCAAAGGGUUUGAAUCCUGGUAGAGCUAUAGCACGCAUCAAGAGUCUACUUUCUGGAACGUCCAACAAGGAAGAACCAAAAGCUAUUAAACAAUAA